AGUACUAUCCUGUAACUUCGAGUCAUAUUAUUUCCGAUAAUUAUGAUGGAUUCCAUCCAAAUUGCAAACUGUCUCUCCUUGGUGCUGCAGCAAUACCACACUGUGCCAGCAAGGGGUGCGCGUAUGCAGUCACUAUUUCCGUUCCGGGCUAUAGACCUCUGCUGCCUGUCCUGCUGCUGCCUACGAACCAAAGAUAUCCGAUGGCUGGAAAUAUUAAAGAUCGCACAUCCUGGUCUGAUGUGUACCAUACAGCGCAAUGAAUCAUUUACCAAGUGAGCUACUCUUAUGUAUUGGGCAACAUAUCGAUCACGUGCCCACGAUUCGUGCGUUGGUUGAGUGCUGCCAUCGAUUCCAGUCUCUAUUCGAACCUCUCCUCUAUUCAUUGAUUGGAAAUUUUAGAUUUGGCUUCUUUAGGGGGGAACGAGAGAUCGCUCUGAUUAAGCACCUGUGCCGUCGUCCCGACCUGGCGCAGCACGUCAGGCAUAUUCAUUUCUCUUGGAAUUGUUGCGAGUGUUUAGAGGAAUUUGACCCAGAGGUGGGCGAGUUCCGCGGUAGCCCCUUGGUUGAACAGAUGUUGGAAGAGCUAUUCGAGACGAAGAACGAGCAAUGCCAAUGGAGGAUGCAUCUCCGGAAUCUCUGCGAAGAGGCCUGGCUAGCGGUGCUACUCACUCGCUUGAGCCGCUUGGAAAGCAUCGCAUUCGACCACGAUGGACCUGCAGAUCUGAUGUCGACAAUUCUGGAUAAAGCAGGACUGCGCCAGCGACCGUUUCAUCAGGCCGUUCCAUUCCCACGCCUUCAAACAGUCGCACUCGACUGCAACCACACGUGCACCAGCGGAGAUGCAGGCACAUAUUCGGAUUUCUCACCUGGCCUGUUUCAUCUCCCAUCUGUGCGCAGGAUCCAAGGCGAGAGACUGAUCGAGUGCACCGAGAAUAUGGAAGAUGCAAGACAGUCGGACCUGGAUGGAGUCAAAAACCCCGACUGCCCAGUCAGGGAAAUUGUGCUGUCACAGGCACCCGAUUGCUAUGGAAUGCGCGAUUGGAUUGCAGCAUGUAGCAAGCUCGAGCGUUUCGAGGUUGGCAUAGGAGCCAUGAGAUAUGGAUCCAAUGAUUAUACAUUCAAUGCCAGUCGAUUUCGUGAAUGCCUUUUACCAUCCAAAGAAACUCUCAAGACACUGUGCAUCGGAUUCGAUUCGGACUAUCAUAAUCAUCGUUAUCAUCGCGAUGAUUCUCCCGAUGUGUAUAUUUCCGAAAUCACUGACGAUCUUCCAUUUGGCUCCUUCAAAGCAUUCCACGUCCUAGAGCAUCUGUCUAUGCGACAUCCAAACCUUGUGAAGCUCCCAGAAUCAAGUUCACAUUUUCAGGAGAAUGCACAUAACCAGGAACCACCAUCUAUCAUCGAUCAACUGCCCCAAUCGCUCAAAUCGCUCGAAAUCACAGAGAUUGGGUGGGAAUUUGUUCCAGUUUUGAUAUCCGGCCUUGGGGAGCUAAUCAAAUUCCGCGGAGAGUUGAUGCCUCGUCUGGAACGGAUUGGCCUCUUUUUCCUGGAUGAACAAGCGUUGAAAUUAGCAAAGAGCUCUAUUGAUCGUCUCAGACUGGUAGCUGGGAGAAUCGGGGUCUGCUUGACGGGUCAAGUGCGAUCAAUCAAAUACUAGGCUUCAGAUUCAAUCCAGUUAUCCACGGCUGAGUCCUGGUUAAUACAAAGUAGCCAGAGCAAGA